AUUUUAUUGUCUUACUAACACUGGGGGUAGUGUAGGUUUACAUCGACUGAAUGAAUCAUCGGGAAAUUUUCAAGAUGGCCAAAUGUAUAUACGAAAUUGUAUUGAUUUAUUUUGAACGGAUGUAAACAUCAAGUUCCGCAACACACCUGAACAGAUUUACCAGAAACACAAUAGAGAUGCACAAUGCAUAGGUUGCUGCUAUCUGUAUUAACGUUAUGUGUUUGGACGGUUAAGUCGCAGUUCUAUGAAUGCCCUGAUGAUUGGGUGGCAUACAACGCGGGCCAGAGAUGCUACAAAUUUAAGGCGGUACCCACGGCUCGGUAUGAGGCCGCCAACGCUAUGUGUGUGGAGGAGGCCAACAGCGCCUAUGUGUUAGCCAUCAGCGACGCUCAGGAACACAACUUUAUCAACGAAUGGCUGACCAACCAGGAUACAGUCAGGCGUGUCUGGUACACCAGUGGAAGAAGGGACCCCUCCAACCCCAGUUACUACCGGUGGGACGGGGACGGUACCAAUCUCAGGUUUGAUCUCAGCUUCUGGAACACCAACGGUCAGCAGCAACCGGGGAAUAUCAUCGCCUACUCCUUCAAUGGUGUGGACUAUGGAUGGCGUCAUGUAUCGCCAAACAACAGUUUGUCCUACAUCUGUGAAAUCAGCCAACAAGACGCCUAUACCAUUCUGACACAAAAACGGGACUUUAGUUAUGGGUCGACAUCAACAGAUAAAAAAGACCUGUUGUAUGGCCCCACCUUCACCGUCGAUCCCACUGACGUCACAAUGAUCUCCAAAACGACGUCACUUUUCGUGGAGUGCCGCGCGUCCGCGAACCCGCCUGCGUCAUACAAGUGGUUCCGAGGUCCAAAGAGCAACCAGACACUGGCUGACAAGGAACAGAUCACCCCCCUGACGGAUCCCCGUUUCACGAUCACUAACGGAAAGUUGUCCGUUCAGAACCCGGUAGAGAAGGACGAGGGCGAGUACCAGUGUAUGGCUGAGAACCAGUUCGGAGUCAUCAUCAGCCACCCUGUAUCUAUCGACUUCGGAUAUCUUGGUGAAUUUUCCAACGUGGAGAAUGCACCGGUGCGAUCCCGGGCCUAUGAAGGCGCGGUUGUGGAAUGUUCCCAGAUAAACUACAAGCCAGCGGCGACAUACAACUGGAGGAAGCAGAGUGUGGGCAGCUUCAAACGGGAUCCGAUUUACACAUACAACAAUCCCCACAUCUUCAUCUCCAACAAUGGCCGCCUGUACUUCACCGAGGCCACAGAGGACGAUGUGGCGGACUACUACUGCGAGGUGACGCUUAAUGUCUAUGACGACCAGAAUGCAAUUGGUUCUGCCCAGGCACCGAGUAGAAUCAGUAAAAGGAUCCCUCUGGAAAUCAUCUACCAAGCUUCAAAAACAGAGUGGGGACCCGUAAUCCACACCGAUUUCAUUGAAGUCUUUCCAAAUCCCCCGCUGCGUGGACAAAAAAUCAGAAUGGAAUGUUUCGCCUAUGGCUCGGCGACCAACUACGCCCAGACCUGGGGGUUCUCCUGGAGGAAAGUGGGGGGUAGGAUGCCGGACCGGACCAAGUACAGCGACUUUAACCGGGUGGUGGAGAUAGACAACAUUCAGUACGAGGAGGAGGGGACGUACGAGUGUACCGCCAAGAGGAAGAGCUCCGUGGCCUCCAAGGAGGUCGUGCUGGCCAUAGAAUCAAAACCCUACUUCCUGCUUCCCCUGGAUCACAAACAUUUGGACGAGGGGGCGGAUGUCACGUGGCGGUGUCUAGCCUACGGCAAGCCAACGCCUGUCUACUCAUGGUACAAGAACGGGGUCCUUCUUCAGCCUACCGCCGACAGUGGUAUAACGAUCAACAGAAACACUUUGACGCUGAGAAAUGCUAACAAACAAAAACACGAAGGCAUGUACCAAUGUGCUGCAACUAAUGUCCACGGAUCUUCCCUCAGCGCGGCCCAGAUCCGAGUUCUGUCCUUUAAACCUACGUUUGCAAAAUAUCCAUUACCGGAAAGCAUUGACGCAGCUCUGAACGGAGAGGUCGUCAUUCCUUGUGAACCGGAAGGGGCACCAAAACCGGAAAUCACGUGGUUAAAAAACAACGCUCAAGUCAAUAGCGAUUCACGAGUUCAAAUCAUGCCAAACAACUUUCUUAAAAUUACUCAAAUUAACUAUGGUGACCAGGGGUACUAUGAAUGUAGAGCUAAAAAUGUCCUCGGCAGCGAUGGGAGUUUCUGCAGACUGAAUGUGAAAGUUGCGACGACCAUCACGCGCGCCCCCAACCCCGAGACGCCGGUGUACCAAAACAAGACAGCCCUGAUCUACUGCUCGGCCUCCUACGACCUCUCUCUGGAUCUGGUCUACGUGUGGACGUUCAGCGGAAAGAUCCUGGACCUCCAGAGGAACGGCCAUUACGAACUGGCAAAUUUGCCAUCUGGAAAAGGUCUUUACAUCAAGAUGGCCCAGUUUUACCAUGAGGGGACGUACGAAUGUAUUGCCCGUACACCGCUGAACGAGGCCAGGGCCCAAGGCAGGCUGAUCGUGUACGGUCCCCCGGGCGAGGUUGCGGGGCUGUACGCAGAUCCGGGUACACCCACAACUAAUUCCAUCGAUAUCUUCUUCUUCCUGGGCGCGAGUCAUAGAUCUACAAUCGAGUACUUAAUUGUUGAAUUCGAAAUUCAGUCAGAGAAGGGAAAGUGGUAUUUCAGUAAUGAAACUCACACCGUCUUUGCGCCCUCUACAGUUAUACCCGGUAACACUCGUGACAUGCGCACAAUUACUGUGCGCGGGCUUGACCCUGGAAAUGGUUAUAGCUUCCGGAUAAAAGCCGUGAACGCACUCGGAGUGGGUCCUCCGUGUACCCCGUCAGGUACUGUUAACACACUGGAGGCCCCUCCUGCGGCCCCACCCGCCAACCUCAGCAGCAGGACAGAGGGGGUGGAGGUGGGACAACUCAUGCUAACGUGGAAGAAACUGCCAAAAAGAUACCAUGGCGUCCAAUUAGAGUCUGACGUCAGCUACAUCGUAUACUACAGACAACUGAAAGUCUCGGCUGCCCCUGACGCUCUCUGGAACAUGGAGGUGAUCACGGACUGGGAGCAGGAAGAGGUCGUGAUUCAGGUGGGAGAGGAUUUUUUCUGGACCGAGUUCGAAACUAAAAUCCAGACCAAAAACCCUCACGGAAGGAGCCAUAACUCUUCCAUAGUAGUGGUGUACUCAGCGAUGGGCAUGCCUGUGGCAGUCCCAACCAACAUCUGGGGGGAGGGCUACAACUCCACAGCGCUCACAGUGCACUGGGAACCCGUGCCAGACACACGGAACGAAAUCAAGGGCAAACUGGGAGGGUAUCAGGUGCUGUAUUACCUGAGGACACAGGACGAGGACGACACCAAGGACUUUAAGCACAGACAGGCAAUCCGAUUCCACGGGCAGCGGAACUCAGGGGUGGUCAUCGGCCUGUCCCCUGACACCUACUACUACGUUCAAGUGCAGGUGUUCACUGACGCGGGACUGGGGCCCCUAGGGGAAAAGAAUUUAGCAGAAACUAUGAAUCCAGCCCCUGCCCUCUACCCCCAGGAAGUGAAGGUCGUCUCUAAGGACGCGUCAUCUGUAGUAGUGUCCUGGCGAGGGGUCAGCACAGGUCAAGCCGAGGACUCUUUAAAAGGCUACGUGGUCUUUGUUUGGAAAGCUAACGAACAUUUCCGACAAGCCAAGCCUAUUGACGUGGGGAAGUUUCCGACCGAGUACACGCUCUCGGGGAUCGAAAAGGAUUACGUGUAUGCUGUCAGGGUAGCAGGCUACAGCUUUGGGGGGAUAGGCAGAAAAUCUCCGACCCUUUAUUUCACAUUAGCUGGGUCACGUGUUCCUAUCGACAGCACCAUUACUCAGCAGCUAUUGGCCGAUGGAUCCGGCCGCUUACAUCACAGCGCUCUUUACGCAACUGUUGUCUUCCUUAUAUGGAAAUUAUACUCAUAUGUUUAAGGAUUGUCAAAUGUAAAAGGACCAGAAUCUCGUAAAUAUGAAAUACUAGUAAUCAGGAGUUAAAUAAAUACUAUCGCAAUACCGUAUUCCAUAUAUGGUACCAAAACUCCAAGUAUUCUUCUUUGAUGUAUAAUUAGGUUAAAGAUUUAUUACUUCUAAAAUAAUAUUUGAUGUAUUAAGGUUUGUUGUGAAAAUUUGUUGAAUUUGUAAAAGAAUUGUGUAGAACUGUUAUGGUACAUUAAAUGUUACCCAUGUUUAAGGAAAAGGUGAACUAUAAACAAUAAAUUAUGAUUGUACAAUAUACAUGUACAUGUAUUAGAUUAAUAUUGUGAGCCAAAAAAAUGUCGCCAAUUGUCUUAAGAUUAGCCAGACUUUUGCAAUGUUUUAAGAACAUUUUUUAUUCUUUUACACCACACACUCCCUUUUUAUUAGUGUUCUUGUCUUACAAUAGGCUAUAAAGUUAUGAAUUCUGUAAGAAUAAUAUUAUUAAUAUAUCCUAGUCCCUCAUUUGUGGUAACACAUUCCAUGUGGUAUACCAUUGUACAAGAUAUACUCAUUGUGUUAUAAAAGAUUGGGGUAGGGGUAUCUUUAUUUUGAAUAUUUGUAUUCUGCAAUUUUGGAAUUACGUAAUUCGUGUAUUAAUUAAGUACUCAGUGUGUGCAUCUUUCAAUGACUUUAUAUAACUUGUCUUUUUUAAUAAGUAUAAAUGUGUUUCAUAUCUUGUUAUGGUUUGUAAUUCAUCUGUGUAACACCUCUUUGUAUGUAAUGGGUGUAUAAGUGAACCACCAUUAAACAGCCAAUGUGUUGUUUCACAGUUAUUUUACCCUGUUACUGACGUCAUGUUACAACAUUUUCAGUUAACAAUGGGUUGUUCCGUGUUCUUGGUCCAAUUUGUCACAUCAUAAUUAUUUCCGUCUAUUAUAUAUCGCGCUAGUGAUAUGAAAUCCAAUGUUGCAUUAAUCAUUUUUUUUGUUUAAUUUUUCAUAGCUUUUUGCAUAUACAUUUAAAAUUCCUCUUAAUCAUUUUAAUAUAUCAUCAUUUUAUAAAACCAUUACAACAUUUAUGAUUUCUAUUUAUACUUUUUUAUGAAAGAAAGCAAAUAAAAUAAGAUGACUGUUUUGUGCCAUGGCUGGCGAAAGUUGCAUAAUAUUAUAUUAAAGGCUGUGUGUUGAUGUAUACAUGUCAAAUGUGUAUUUGAAUGUUUAUAAAAGAGUGCUUGAAAUGAAUUAUUUACCUUUAUUAUUUAUCAUCCUAACCAAUAUGAAUUCAUAUGUUUUGUAUAAGAAAUAGAUAAAAUAAAAAUUUGGAGCAAAACAUAA